ACGACGCAGUUGAAUUUACAGUGGUUGUUUUUGAGGUUAGGAUAUUACAAAAGCAUUUAUUUCAAAUUUAGUACUCAAGAAUCAUAGAGUUGUAAGAGCUUAACUUACAGUAUUUACUAUAUAGAUUUAAAUACUUUUACCCUUUUAGACAAAGAUGGCAGAUUUUGACGAUGAAUUAUUUAAUGUAUUUGAUGAAGAAAUUCAGCCUACAAAAAUAAAAGAAGAAUCAGAAGUGGUUUCUAUCAACUCACCUCCACUUGUUUCUAACGUGCAAACCACUAAAAUUUCCAGCAGUCCCUCUGUAAAAAGAGAUCAUUCUGAUGAUGAAUCAAGUUCUUCAAAGAGACCGAAACCUGAAUCAGUUUUUGAGGACGUAAAUGUUCAGAACAUCUCACACAGGAUAAAAGUGCAUACAGUAGAAACGCUAGAGGCGUGUCUACAUGAGGUGGCGGUGCCACCUGACGAGGAAUAUGUGCCUCUCCGUGUCGUUACAACUAAACCCGCCAAGGAGUACCCGUUCAUUCUUGAUCCGUUCCAGAAGGAGGCGAUUGCAUGCGUGGACAAUGAUCGAUCGGUGCUGGUUUCGGCCCACACAUCUGCAGGGAAAACAGUUGUAGCCGAGUAUGCUAUAGCACGAUCUCUGAAAGAAAAACAACGGGUGAUAUAUACUACUCCAAUCAAGGCUCUCAGCAAUCAGAAAUACAGAGAGUUCUAUGAAGAAUUCCAUGACGUGGGACUGGUUACAGGGGAUGUCACAAUCAAUCCGACUGCCAGCUGUCUCAUCAUGACAACAGAGAUUUUGAGAAAUAUGCUCUACAGAGGGUCAGAAGUCAUGAGGGAAGUCGGUUGGGUCAUAUUUGAUGAGAUCCAUUAUAUGAGAGACAAAGAGAGAGGAGUGGUUUGGGAGGAGACGUUAAUCCUGCUGCCAGACAACGUACACUAUGUGUUUCUUUCAGCCACGAUACCCAAUGCUAGACAGUUCUGCGAGUGGGUAUGUCACCUGCACCACCAACCCUGCCACGUCGUUUAUACGGACUACAGGCCUGUGCCAUUACAACACUUCCUGUUCCCUGCUGGCGGUGAGGGUAUCCACCUCAUAGUAGACGAGAAGGGAAACUUCAAGGAAGACAACUUCAACCAAGCAAUGGCAGUGUUAGCUAAUGCUGGAGAUCUGGCAAAAGGGGACAAACAACUGCGAGGCAGAAAAGGUGGUAGUAAAACUGGAGGAGACACAAAUUGUUUUAAAAUUGUAAAAAUGAUCAUGGAAAGAAAUUUUGCUCCCGUUAUUAUCUUCUCUUUUAGUAAAAAGGAUUGUGAAUUGUACGCAAUGCAGAUGGCCAAACUGGAUUUCAACACUUUGGAAGAAAAGAAAUUGGUAGAUGAGGUGUUCAACAAUGCCAUGGAUGUGUUGUCAGAGCAAGAUCGUACUCUGCCUCAAGUGGAGAAUGUGAAGCCCUUGCUUAGAAGAGGCAUAGGCAUACAUCAUGGAGGUCUACUUCCAAUAUUGAAGGAAACUAUUGAGAUAUUGUUUGCUGAAGGAUUGAUAAAAGCACUAUUUGCCACUGAAACUUUUGCAAUGGGCUUAAACAUGCCAGCUCGUACUGUGAUGUUCACAGGAGCCCGGAAGUUUGAUGGAAAAGACUUCAGAUUUGUGACAUCGGGAGAAUAUAUCCAGAUGUCAGGACGUGCAGGGCGGAGAGGGUUGGAUGACAAGGGGAUUGUCAUACUGAUGAUUGAUGAGAAAGUAAGUCCUCAAGAAGGCCGAGAAAUCAUACAAGGAAAGGCCGAUCCUAUCAAUUCUGCCUUCCACCUCACAUAUAACAUGGUGCUCAACCUUCUCAGGGUGGAAGAGAUAAACCCGGAGUAUAUGCUGGAAAGAUCUUUCUUCCAAUUUCAGAAUCAGGCUGCAAUUCCACAACUGCAUCAGAAGGUGCAGGAACAACAGGAACUGUACGAUAGUGUGAUGAUACCCAAUGAGAGUGAGGUAGUGUCGUAUCAUCACAUCAGAGAACGGCUGAAUGAUCUCAGCAAACAAUUCCAGGAGUACCUGACACGUCCUCAGUUUUUAAUUCCAUUCCUGCAGCCUGGACGUCUUGUGAAGGUAAAAGCGGAAACUGAAGAGGGAGAGGAAUUUGAGUGGGGAGUGGUUGUGAACUUUGAAAAAAAAGGUGCAAAUGAACGUGGCAAGAAUCCAGCGAAGGAGAGUGCCAUGUUGUAUGUCCAUACGCUCCUAUACGUGCGUAGUAGUGGCAAUGGUGGUGGUGAUGACACGGGGGACACGCCACAGCCCUGCCCGCUCAGUUCACCGGGAGAGAUAGAGGUGGUUCCGGUCAAACAUUGUCAGAUCUGUCAGAUCAGUUCGCUCAGGGUACACGUACCUGAUGACCUCACAUCGCCCGACAAGAAGAAGUCUGUCUUGAAGACGAUAGAGCAAGUUGUAAAACGGUUCCCGGAUGGAGUGCCAUUACUGAAUCCUCAAACAGACAUGAAAAUAAACGACCAUGCUUUCACGAAUAUUGUGUCAUUGAUAAACACUUACGAGAAAAGGCUAUUUGAACAUCCUAUGCAUGAAAAUGAAAGUCUAGAAGAUGUUUAUGAACAAUACUUGGAAAAAGUCAAGAUUGGCAGAGAACUGAAACAGUCAAAAGCAGAACUUAAGAAGGCUAUGUCACUUUUACAAAUGGAGGAACUUAAAUGUCGGAAAAGAGUUUUGAGAAGGAUGGGUUAUUGCACAGCAGACGAUGUCAUUGAAAUGAAAGGCAGAGUUGCUUGUGAGUUGAGCAGUGGUGAAGAAUUGUUAAUGACGGAGCUAAUUUUUAACGGAGUGUUUAACGACCUUACAGUUCCCCAGUGUGUUGCGCUGCUGAGUACAUUUGUCUGUGAUGAGAAGAGUUCUGAGAAUCCCAGGAUGUCAGAGGAGCUGGCAGGGCCUCUCAGACAGAUGCAGGAGCUGGCGAGGAGGAUAGCCCGAGUCAGUGUAGAAGCGAAGAUGACUGUGGAUGAAGAAACCUAUGUGGAACAAUUCAAGCCAUUCAUGAUGGACGUAUGUUACAGCUGGUGCAAUGGUGCAUCAUUUCUAGAGAUUUGUAAAAUGACGGACAUUUUUGAAGGUAGCAUAAUUCGAUGUAUGAGAAGACUAGAAGAGAUUCUGAGACAACUAGUUCAAGCAUCCAAAAACAUUGGAAAUACAGAUUUGGAAAACAAAUUCAGUGAGGCCAUCAAACUCAUGAAGAGGGACAUUGUGUUUGCAGCCAGUUUAUACUUAUAAAUAGUAAUGAAGACACAUUGUAUCGGUGAAUAAGUGAAUUUUAAUUUUUACAGAAUCAAAGACUCAAAGAAGUAUAAAUGUUAAACAUUAAAUUAAUAAUGGUUUUUA